AUGGAGGAAGCAGACCUAUCUAACACCCGAAAGUCAUCAGGAAUAAAGAUGGCUGCUUCAAAUCCACAACAUGUGACAAUUGUCAAUCCUCCACCUCCAAAUUACAUCAAUACUGAAGGAACUGGCUGCUUAACCAAUCAGCUUCAAUAUUUACAGAAAACAGUCAUGAAAGCGAUGUGGAGGCACAACUUUUCUUGGCCAUUUCAUCAACCUGUCGAUGCUGAAAGUCUAAAACUUCCAGAUUAUUAUAAUAUUGUAAAAGAACCCAUGGACUUGACCACAAUUCAGAAACGUCUGGAACAUCAAUACUAUACAUGUGCUGCAGAAUGUAUUGAAAACUUCAAGACAAUGUUUGCAAACUGCUAUUUAUAUAAUAAGCCUGGUGAUGACAUUGUUUUCAUGGCCCAAGAACUCGAAAAAGUAUUUCUGCAGAAGAUUGCCCAGAUGCCCCCAGAUGAGAAAAUAGUGGUGACCAAUAAAGGGAAAAAGGAGGAAGGAAACGCGGACGCUGCUGAGCAAUCUGAUGCAAAAAAAUCACAAAUUCAGCAGAAAAAAAAAUCCAUAAAAAUGAAGCAGUUCCAAAUGAAAAGAGCAACCCUACAACUGCACAACACAGAGCAUUGCCCUUUUUUGAGUGUCACACCAACAUCUGAAGCGGUUUUCAAAGGUGUAAAAAGGAAAGCUGAUACCACUACAGCAACCAUCACCGCAAACAGCGAAUCUUCUCCAGUGCUGCUUGAACCCAAAAUAGCCAAGAUCUCCACUAGAGAAGAAUUCCCGUCCGAAGAAGCCUUGUCAGAUACGUGGCAGCCAACUGAACCCACAGAAAAUAUAGAGCUAAUAGAACCACUGGAAUACUGUAAUGAAAUUCUUAUAGAAUUGAUGUCAAGCCAGCAUGCUGCCUAUGCUUGGCCAUUUUACAAGCCAAUAGAGACCACUGCCUCUGACCCUGAAGAAUAUCUCAAUAUUAUUAAAUGUCCUCUGGAUCUUGGAACUAUUAAAAAUAAACUGGAUAAUUGUGAAUAUAAAGACACACAAGAAUUUGCUGCUGAUAUUAGGCUAAUGUUUAUGAAUUACUAUAGAUACCAUUCUCCAGAUCAUGAAAUAGUGUCGAUGGCAAGAAAACUUCAGGAUGUCUUUGAGAUGAUGUUUGCCAGAAUUCCAGAUGAACCACUUACCGGUAGACCUGUGCUGGAUUCCACCACAAGGAGCCCCACUCCUGUAUCUAGUGAUAGCAGCUCUAACAUCUCAUCUGAUGAAAGCUCUGAAAAAGAACAAGCAAAACGCCUUGAAGAGCUCCAAGAUCAACUUAAAGCUGUUCACCAGCAAUUGCAAGCUUUGGCUAAAACAACCGUGCCCAGAUUGAAGAAGAAAGAAAAAUCUAAGAAGGAAAAAAGCAAAAGCAAAAAAGCAAAAAUGAAGCUCACGAUUCAGAAAAGCAGAAAAAUGAAGCAACUGAAGAAAAAAAUGUCUUUGAACCUUCAUUCCAAGAAAAGCCAGCAGCAAGAAGAACUUGCAGGACUCAAGAGUGAGGAUGAGGAUACUGCCAAGCCAAUGACUUAUGAUGAAAAGAGGCAAUUAAGCCUAGACAUAAAUAAACUCCCAGGGGAGAAGCUUGGCAGAGUGGUCUAUAUUAUUCAGUCAAGGGAGCCAUCGCUGAGACAUUCAAAUCUUGAAGAAAUUGAAAUAGACUUUGAAGCUCUCCAAACAUCAACUUUACGGGCACUGGAGAAUUAUGUAAUGACUUGCUUGAGAAAAAGACCCAAGAAAAAUUAUGCAAAAAACCCCAAAGACCAAUUUACUUUAGAGAAGCCACAAGCUCAGAGGUUGCUGAAUGUCAGCGGUCUGCUCUGCUCAGUCAAGCAAAAUGCAAAAUCUGGAAAAAAGGCUGAAUCAAAAAUCUACGGAAGGCCUACUCGACUAAGUGAAAGCAGUAGCAGCAACAGCAGCAGCAGCAGCAAUGACUCUUCUGCGUCUAAAAGCACCAGCAAUGAUUCCAGUUCAUCUGACAGCAGCAAUUCUGAAUCAGAAGCAUACAUAAAAGAUAAUGGAAAUGGGGAAAAGGAUUUGUUUUGCAGAGAACAGCUUAAGAUCCCAUUGCAUCAUCCAGAGAUGUCCUGCAAUGUUGUUCCUCAAAUGUGGAUCCCUUCACCUCUCGGCAAGCUGCCCCAAAGAGCAACCAAAGCCAGGGCCUCUCACCAGCUACUGUCUUGCUCUCGACCCCUGCAGCUCAGCCCUCUUAAACUACGAGAACAAAGCAUUGUUUCUCCGUCAGGUAUGGUAGCCGUUGUGUCACCCCUGCACUGCAAGCCAGUUCAAGAGAAAACUCAGAGUGACACAUUGGCAACCCAGGCUUCUCACAACCCUUCUUACAAGCUUUCAGAGGUACCUUGCUCUUCCUCUUCAAAAAACCCUUCUGACAACAGGAAAGGGAUUCGGAAACCAUCACUAUUGCAUCAGCAACUUUCAUCUGCUCUCCAGGUUAAAUCCUCUAUGGGAGUUGCCAAAGUAACACCAACUGACCAGGAGCAAAAACUGAAGGCUAGUUUCCCAGAGGGCCGUUGGCGACCAUGGAUGACAGAAUCUGCACAUGCAACUAUUACAGAAAACUGUUCUGAUAACCGUGAAGAUAAAAAGAAGAGAGAAGCUAAGCCUCAGAUGCCUCUAAUAAAGGAUAUAAAAGUCAAACAUGCAGAUUCUUGGACAAGUUUAGGUAAGAUGGCGAGUGUUCCAGUCUCGGUCAAAACCUCCAAUGAAAGCUUCAGACAGUUUCAAAAAGCUGCGCUGGAAAAAGGAGAGAGUGAGUGGGCCAAGGAACGAAAAAAACGAUUGGAACAAGCGGAGAGGAAGUUGAAAAAACAUCCUCAGGAAAAAGAGAGAAACAGUAGAGAGAAGGAUUUGAAAUCCACAGCAGUAAAAGAAGGCUGUCCCAUUCCAAAUAUAACAGGAUCUGGAAGAGAACAAUCACACUCAGCACCAAAUCUUGUCAUAGAUCGUAAUCUGGCAAGAAAACUGGAGCAAGAGCGUAGAAGAAGAGAAGCGUUGAAAAGCACCAUUGACAUGAAUUUUCAGAGUGAUAUUAUGGCAACGUUUGAAGAAACUCUGCAGUGAAAUGGAAAUGGAUGAUUGCAUUGCUUGCAGUUCUUCAAAACUGGUUAUAGAUUGCAGAAACUAUUCUAAAGAAUUGAUCCCUGAUAUUGGAGUACUACUAAUUUUUUUUUGAAGAGCUAGUAUAUAAAUAUAAUUUCAGUUUUAUAAAAUUACAUUUGCUUAUUAAAAUCAAAAAAGCCCAUGCAAACUUCCAUGGCAUAAUUGGUCAGCCCUUCUGAGGAAGUAUUCUGAGUAUUGUCAUAGAAAAACUAAACAUUAUAAAAUGUGUUUUGAUAACAACAUUACAAUCAACCCCAAUCUUUAUUUUGGGAAGUGAAAAAUUUAAGGAAAAGUAUUGAUGUGAGUGCUCAAAACUGCCGUUUAAAUACAUUAGAACAGAUAUGAAGGUAAAUAUAAUUUUGGGAGAAAAUACUUAAUACUUAAAACUGGAAAGUUAACUGAUGUUUGGCAUCUCCAUUAUAUACUGUACAUAUAAAUGCAUUUUUGUUGUGCUUAACAUGUUAAUAAGGAUACCUCAGGUUGAGUUUUAGUUAAUGUGGUUGUUAAUUUUUUUAAAGUUGCAAUUUAAUAUUAUUUUUAGCUCAUUUAGAACUCUGACUUGAAAAGAUAAAUCCUUUUUUCUUUCUUAGUAAAAUCUGGACAUCAAUUGUCAUUUUAUGUUCCCUGUGGUUUACAUUUUU